AUGGCUACGGUCACCCAUCAUAUCCGUUCAUAUUAUAAUCCAGAAGACCGUGAGACUUUGGAACUGGAGACAGGGCAAGACCCAGGAUGCAUUAACCCUGAGCUGGAAACGGUCCGAAUUCUUGACCCAGAAGAAGAAUGGAGGCAGGAGGCGGCCAGGAUACCCAUACAGCGUCCACAACGUGCCCCACCGCAAUUUGUACCCGCGACACUCUCCUACGACGAAUGGAGCUUCUCUAAACCAACGCUGUCGAAAGACGAAGCAUCGUCUUCGAAAACUCUGGGCAGAAACCUUUCUGGGUGGUAUAGAUCUCUAACGAGCAAACAGACGAAUUCGAAAGCCUCGAGCUCCAAGCAGCAGGAUACAAAGCAUGGCGUUUAUGAAUCGCAACCUCUUGUUGAAAAUAUCCCAAAACCUGCUCCGAUGAAAGUGGAUUCGCGGAACAAGAACAACUGGUUCAUCAUGAAAGCGAUUCAGUCCGAGGCACCCUCUGCCUCUUCUUCGUCAUCCUCGACCCCGACGUCAACUCUAGCAGACAUCCUUUCUAGAGAACCUCCUCCUCUUCCUUCUCAGGAAAAAUUUACCCCUCCUGUUUGGCUUGAGAUAGGUCCGUCAAACAAAGGUUUUGGCAUGCUCCAGAGGUCAGGCUGGAACGAAGGAGAACCCCUUGGCCCUGAUGUCAUUCGCCGAAAACCCGUGAAGGACUUGCUUCCAGACGAAGAUAUGAUCUCAUCUAGGGAAAGAGGGAAAGAAAAAGCUCGUUCCUUUUCCUCCAACGCCCCUUCUCGGCGUGAGGUGAUGGAAAUGAAGAUGACAGAAUUUGACGACGUGAGUGAGCUCCGGAGUGUUGACGUGAUAGACCUCACCCUAUCAGACUCGGACUUGGAUGACGGCGAAUCUCUUCCAGAUUUUGACAAAGACCCCAUAAAACACGAAGAAGAAUCCACUUCAAGAGAGAUGGAUCCACCCAAGCCGGUUGACCGCAUAUACGAGGACGUUUCUUCGCCGUAUCGACGGAAAGCUCUUCUCACACCUAUUGCUACCGUGCUCAAAUCUGAUAGAUUAGGCAUCGGACUGAAGGCAAAAACCGAGGGGAUUUACAAGUCAUCGAAAAAACGUGUUACCCAUGGACAGGCGGCAUUGGCCGCGCACGUCAAGGCAGCGGAGGAAAGUCGGAUACGUCGAAAACAUUAUGGCCGUGGCCGUAAAGGGUUUGAGAAACAACACCGGAGGGAAGAGGAAAAUCGCAAGGCUAUGCUAGCCUAUUUGAAGGGCUCAUGA